UUUUAACUCAAAUUAACGGUGUUUCUAUCCUUAUUUUUCAUCGCGAUUGCAUCCUUAUAGGGGUGAGACAUUUUUAAGAUACAAAUUACGAAUGGAAAUGUGGUAUAAAUGUCAAAAAAUGAUAGAUAGGGUAGAUGGAUGUUGGGGGUGAGUUGCCAGAUAUCGCCAUAUAGUGAGGCUUAUGUGGCGAUGCGUUCACUUUAACGUGUAAGAUAAUCUGGACAAGUCUUGCUUACGCUGUGUUUAUUUUUGGUUCUCGUCGUGUUAUUUAGUGAACGAACGGCUUUGCAAUAUUGUUAAUGUGUGAUUUAACGUUUUUAAUGCUGUGGAGACCCUUAUGUCAAGUACUGUAGUCCAAAAGGAAAUGUGAUUGUGCGAUCUCCCUUCUGUGUUAUUUUGUUCAAGAUUUGCCACAAUGAUUACAAGAAAACACUUAUUCGUCUUGUCUCUUUCUGUUGGAUUUAUUUAUGUUAUCAAGUAUAACUUCGUGACUGAACCAAGAGCGGAAGUUUUCACGGCAAGAAUUAGACCAGUUACCCCGUCAAAGAAAACGGGGAUAGAUUUUGAGAAAAUGGGAAAUUUGAUGGCUAACUCGCCUGGAGAGGAGGCCGCCGCGGGAGCCUCGAGCAGCGUCCAUCCUUCCCAGUAUGAAGACACAGCCGAGAUGAAAUAUUACGAAGCAACGAAGAAAGUGAUGCAAAUGCUCGAAAAGAAAGCAUUCGAAAGUUCGAAAAAUUAUCUUCAUAAUAUGAUAAAGCUUGUAAAUGGACAGGAAACGCUUCCAAAUAAUACUAGUCACAAAGAACCUAAUGUUAAAAUCGAAAACAGAAAUCCAGUCACUAGAAGCAGUUAUAAAAUUACGAAGAAUAUAAGAAGGAAAACGCCAUCACCGAGUGCAGCCUUCCAGAAUAUUCGAAGAAAUGACACGACAGAAGCACUGCUCAAGAGUAAGGGUCCGCCAAAGCCAAGCGUCCUUCUCCCUCCGCAGAGGCUCCCGGCGCCGCGCAGGCUGGACCAGCCGCGCUUGGCCGUGGCGGACGCCGACCGGAUCCGCUUUAACUCCACCUGGCAUGGCUACACCAAGCCGAUUAUCAUGUUCAAGCCUCUGGGUAGGCUGGGCAACGUCAUGGGCGUCUAUGCGUCAGUGUGGGCCGUGGGAAGGGCGUAUGACGCGAACGUGUUCAUGGAUGCAGAAGUCGAGGAGACCCUGAGACCUGUUUUCCCUCGCCUCUCGAUGUCCACGCUCCCAGUGAAGUUCGUGGGCGGGUCCUGGGUGUACUUAAGCCGCGGAGGACCUGACCUUACCGACUACACGCCCCUUCAGGAGGCAGCUGCGGGGCUUCGGGGAGACAGGACGUUCAUGGUGGAUGAAUAUCCGUUCGAGAUGCAGAUUUUCAACGCCUAUAGAGAGGAUAUUUUGAAGGAAUUCACGCUCAGCCUUUCGGCUCAGCAGUUCCUCCGCAGCGUUACCAACAGCAGUGGGAAUUUUGUCGGUGUGCAUGUUCGACGCACUGACUACCCUGCUUUUCUGAAGAAGACCUUCAGGGCCGCCGCGCCCGGCGAGGACUACCUGCGCAGGGCCCUCGCCUUCUACCGGAGUCGUCUGCCGAGGGUCACCUUCGUCGCCGCCUCGGACGACCCCGACUACCUGAGGGAGGUCCUUGGGGCCGAGGAGGACGUCGUGCUGGCUCCUGGCUCCCCUCGCGAGCUGGAUCUGGCGGCGCUGGCCUCCUGCAACCACUCGAUCACGACGGGCGGCAGCUUCGGGUUCUGGGCGGCCUACCUCGCGGGCGGCGCCGUCCUGUACCCGGACUUCCCGCUGGACCAGUACUACUUCAGCAGACCCUUCUACGAGCGGGCGGGGCUGCGGCAGUUCAUCCCUCUGCCGCCCUGACGGAGGGAGGCGGGGGUCGCGGGCGGCCGCGGGUUGCUUCGUCGGCUUAGUUGUUGCCUUGUUUGAUUGCUUAUUAGGG